AUGCCUCUCAAAAUCAAGAUCUCUAGACCCUCCAUCCCUGCAGAGCCCAGGCCUACCAAGCGACGUAUCCAGAGGAUAGACUCGGACGACGAAGACUCGGAGACCGCAGCCAGCGCCCAGGAUGCAUUGGGCCCCAGACCAAAGAAGGCACGAACAAUCAGCGGAGGAGCCUCCAACCACUCAGAGGAGGAUAAUUAUGCUGGCGACGCCGCGGACGAGGAUAUAGACAUCGAUGGCGACGUCGAAGACACCCGCUUCCUCCCCGAUGCUUCACCUCCCGCCUCCCAUCCACUCUCUCCCGGCCCGAGCGCUACGCGCAGGUUAUCCAAUGCUACAGCGUCUUCAAGCAAGUCACGGGCGAAGGACAAGGGGUCGAAGUCUUCCAAGUCUAGCAAGUCGUCUGGGAAGAAGCGGAGAGCGGUGGUUUGGACGGACGAUGAGGACGAGGAGUUCGAUGACCCUGACGUCGUGAUCACCGAUGAUGAAGAUUUCAACCUGGACACGGAGUACUCUAGCAAGAAAAGCGGCGUGAAGGGAAAGAAUGGGAAGAUAGCUGCGAAGACGAGCGGGAAGGGCACCGCGACGAAGAAAGAGGACAAGGAGAUCACGUUCCGCGAUGAGCGAAAAAUCGUCCAGCCACCCGCUGCAGACCCCGUCAAGCGCGUGAAAGAGGAUGAGGGCAUAAGGUCUACUCCCGAUCCCAUGGACGAGCCUAUUCCGAAAAAGCGCAAACUACCCCCAAUCAAGAAGAACAAGCCUGCGGGAUCUAUUUUGACGGGCCCUUCGACUUCUGCUCCUGUCAAGCCGCCUGCGGCUACUCCGGCUAAGAAGGAAGAGACUAUACCAACCACUACCCUAACUCCCGCGCCAACCAGCAAUCAAGUCGGCGUGCGGAAGCCCGCUGGGGCCUCCACAGAUUUGAACCUGCUUGACUCUUCCGUGUACUCCGAGCUAUUCAUGCGAGCACCGGGAGGUUCGACGCCUAAUUCAGGGCUGAACAGAAAGCAAAAGGAAGAAGAGCGGAGGAAGGAGCUGAACAAGAUGCGGGAGGAGGCCCGCGCGAAGCGAGAAGCCGAAGCUAAGCAUGCAUUCGACUUGCAGGCCGGGCCCGAGAAGAUCCAGCGGUACGAAGAGGUCUUGCGAGCCCACCACUCUAUCGCGCGAUACCCUAAUUUGCUUGGAGCUGCUUUCAAGGAAAUAGCUGACCGUAACCGUGAGCGUCUCGCAGCCCAGCAAUGA